AGGAUGCUGCUGGACGCUGCGGUGCUGCUGGUGGUGGUGCUCGGCCUUCGCUCGGCGGCAGGAGGCGGCGCGGCAGGUUAUGCCCAAGUGAAGUACAUGCAGCCCAUGGUGAAGGGACCCCUGGGACCCCCCUUCCGUGAAGGCAAAGGGCAGUAUCUGGACAUGCCACCGCUGCUGCCGAUGGACCUCAAAGGGGAGCCAGGACCCCCAGGGAAGCCUGGCCCACGUGGACCCCCCGGCCCCCCUGGCUAUCCAGGAAAGCCAGGCACAGGGAAGCCAGGGAUGCACGGCCAGCCUGGCCCUGCUGGGCCCCCUGGCUUCUCGGGCAUCGGGAAACCUGGCAUCCCAGGGCUCCCUGGCAAGGCGGGUAUGAAAGGGAUGCCUGGAGCCAAGGGUGAGCCUGGCAUGCGAGGAGAGCAAGGGCCAAGAGGACUGCCUGGCCCCCCAGGGCUGCCAGGACCAGCUGGCAUCUCAGUCAACGGGAAGCCGGGACCCCAGGGUGGCCCUGGCUUGCCUGGGUUUCGGGGAGAGCCUGGCCCAAAGGGAGAGCCAGGGCCUCGUGGAGAGCGAGGGAUGAAGGGUGAGAAUGGCGUGGGGAAGCCAGGGUUACCGGGGCCCCGGGGGAACGGGGGCCCUCCUGGUCCUGCAGGGCCGCCAGGGCCAGUUGGCGUUGGCAAACCUGGCCUCAACGGCUUGCCAGGAGCGCCAGGGGAGAAGGGCGACAUUGGGCCUCCGGGUGGGCCUGGCAUCACCGGGGAGCCUGGCCCCAUGGGACCACGGGGCCCCCCAGGAAUUGAUGGCAUCGGUGUGCCAGGCGCUGCGGGGGUGCCAGGGAUACAGGGCCCCAUGGGACCGAAGGGAGAGCCCGGGAUCCGUGGCCUCCCUGGGUUGCCAGGCCCAACAGGCUACGGGAAGCCAGGCUUGCCUGGCCUCAAAGGAGACCGCGGGCAGCCUGGGGCACAAGGAGCCAUUGGCGACAAGGGGGAACCUGGUGUUGAUGGGGAGCCAGGUGAGCCAGGCCCUGCUGGCAUCAUCGGGCCACCAGGCCCACCAGGGUCCAUGGGGCUGCCAGGCAAGCACGGGCUGCCCGGAAUCAAAGGGGAUGUGGGGCCAAGUGGGCCUCCAGGAAUGCCAGGGAUACGCGGUGACCAGGGACCAAAUGGUUUUGCGGGAAAGCCAGGGGUGCCAGGAGAAAGGGGUCUGCCUGGCUCGCUGGGACCUCCUGGCCCAGCUGGCCCCAAAGGAGAACCAGGCUUCAUUGGCCUCCCGGGGGUGCCAGGAUUAACGGGUGGCCCCGGGCCAAAAGGGGAUGGCGGGAUCCCGGGGCAGCCAGGACUGAGAGGCCCCUCUGGCAUCCCAGGCUUGCAAGGACCUGCAGGUCCCAUGGGGCCUCAGGGGAUACCAGGGCUGAAAGGGGAGCCCGGGCUCCCUGGAGUUCCCGGUGAGGGGAAAACCGGUGAGCCUGGCAUGGCUGGACCCAUUGGCCCACCGGGAAUGCCGGGAACACCAGGGCUGAACGGGCCACCAGGCCCACCAGGGCCACCCGGGCCGCCAGGAGCACCCGGGGUGUUGGACGAGACGGGCAUCGCGGGGCUGCACCUGCCGGACGGAGGCGUGGAAGGCGCCGUGCUGGGCAACGGCAAGCCGGGGAAGCCGCAGUACGGCCGAGGGGAGCUCUCCGCCCGCAUCGCGCCAGCCUUCACCGCCAUCCUCACCUCCCCCUUCCCAGCGUCGGGCAUGCCGGUCAAGUUCGAUCGGACUUUGUACAACGGCCACAACGGCUACAACCCGGUCACCGGCAUCUUCACCUGCCCCAUCUCUGGCAUCUACUACUUCGCCUACCACGUGCACGUCAAAGGGACCAACGUCUGGGUGGCACUCUACAAGAACAACGUGCCCGCCACCUACACCUACGACGAGUACAAAAAGGGUUACCUGGACCAGGCCUCGGGCAGUGCCGUGCUUGAACUCAAGGAGAACGACCAAGUCUGGGUACAAAUGCCCUCGGACCAGGCCAACGGGCUGUACUCCACGGAAUACAUCCACUCCUCCUUCUCCGGGUUCCUGCUUUGCCCCACAUAA